AUGACGUUUGAUUAUCUCUUGAAGGUGAGCCACCAUCCACCCAUAUCAGCUUGUCACGCUGAUUCCAACAAGUUCACCUUCUUGCAAGGUACGUUACCAGUUGAAUUACAGUGUCACACGUUGUGCACUUCCUCAAUGAGGUCAUGAUUUUCAUGUUGCAUCAAGAUGGUACACUGACGGCUAAUUCUGCCCAUUUUCUUCUCAGAUGUCAGAUGGAAAAACAAAUUCUGGGGGAAGUCCAUGGAAAUCCUCCCGAUUGGCACCGUCAAUGUUAUGCUUCCAGGGUAAUCAAGCUGUGGCCUUUUCAUUCAGCCACACACACACACACACACACACACACACACACACACACACACAAACACACACACACACACACCCACACCCACACACACACACACACAGUCUGACAUCCUCUAGACCAGGGGUGUCAAACGUCCGGCCCACGGGCCGGAUCAGGCCCGCAAACGGGUUUAAUCCGGCCCGCGAGAUGAUUUUGUAAAGUAUAAAAAUGAGCUGCAAUUUUUCAAUAAAAGAAACUGCUGUUCCAAUUGUGUCCACUGGAUGGCGCAAUAGCAAUUGUGUUAAGCAAGCAAACUGUUUAUACCGGGGCAGAGCAAAUAGGUCAAGCAAGUGCAGCCAGUCCGGAUGAGCUACUUUGUUUUACCCGCGAUAUUUAUUACGGCUUCUACUUUUAACAUUAUGUGCUUUGGCACCCUCAUUGCCCCAAUAUGUCUCUGUCAAAAAAGAGAAAAGUGGACGCAGAGUGUUCCAAGAAAAAUUGUCAUCCUUCUAUUUAUUCACGGAAUUGAAUGGGAAAGCUGUAUGUUUGGUGUGUUCACAGCAUGUUGCAGUGCUGAAAGAAUAUAACCUUCGUCGCCACUAUGUGAGUCUUCAUGCCGACAAAUAUGACAACUUUCAAGGACAGCGGAGAUGAGAGAAGGUGAAUGAACUGUUGGCGGGUCUGAAGAAACUGCAGUCUGUGUUUACUCACAGCCGAGACAUCAGUGACGCUGCAGUGAAAGCUAGCUACCUCAUUGCUAAUGAAAUCGCAGUGGCUUCAAAACCAUUUAGUAGGGGUGAAUUUGUAAAAACAUGCAUGAUGAAGGCAGCGGAGAUUGUGUGCCCUGAAAAGCACCAGGCUUUUGCAAAUAUCAGCCUGACAAGAAACACAGUUGCAGACAGGAUUUCCGAUCUUUCAGUGGAUUUGGACAGCCAGUUGAAGCAAAAAGUAAAGUCAUUUAUUGCGUUUUCGGUUGCAAUUGAUGAAAGCACGGACAUUACAGAUGUUGCACAACUGGCCAUUUUCAUCCGCGGAGUUGAUGACACAUUGACCGUCACCGAGGAGUUCGUGGAGUUGGUGCCGAUGACAGAUACAACGACAGCAGCUGAUAUUUUCACUGCACUCGUCGGCGCGCUGGACAGGGUCGGAGUGGAUUGGUCCCGCGCUGUCAGCCUGGCUACAGAUGGUGCGCCCUCAAUGAUCGGGAAAAAAGCAGGCGUUGUGACAAAGUUCAGAGAGAAAGUGCAAUCUGCAAAUGGAGGACGUGAUUUUUGGACUUUUCACUGUAUUUUGCACCAGGAGGCUUUGUGUUGCAAGUCAUUAAAGAUGGAUAACGUCAUGAAGGUGGUCAUCCAAACUGUUAAUUUCAUCCGAUCCAGAAGCCUGAAUCACCGUCAGUUUGACAGCCUUCUCAGAGAGAAAGACCACAUCUAUGGCCUGCCAUACCACACUGAGGUAAGAUGGUUAAGCCGAGGUGCUGUGCUGAGGCGUUUCUUUGAUUUACGAGAAGAAAUUGAACAGUUCAUGGAAGAAAAGGGCAAACCAGUGUUAGAAUUUAAUUCCGCAGAAUGGAUGCAGGACCUUGCAUUUAUGGUGGAUGUUACAGAGCACCUGAAUAACUUGAACAAACAGCUGCAAGGGCGCAACAAAGUUGUCACGCAGUAUUAUGACAGCAUACGUUCUUUCAAGUUGAAGCUGUCAUUGUGGGAGACGCAACUCGCCGGUGGUGAUGCAGCUCACUUCCCCUGUCUGAAAAAUGUGUGCGCGACCCAACAUGUGGCAGACAUGAAGCGGUUCAAAUAUAAAAUAACGGGACUGUUAAGGGAGUUUGAGCAACGCUUUCAGAUUUUUGGUGAACUGGAGAAAGACUUCAAAGUUUUUUGUUCGCCAUUCACCGUGAAUCCCUCGGAUUUUAAGGGCAAAUUUGCCGCAGCUGGCUUGGACACAUUUUAUCAGAAUCUCUUGCCAGGUUACCCCAACUUGACAGCCCUCGCUGCAAAAUUGUUGUGCAUGUUUGGAACCACAUAUCUUUGUGAGCAAGUUCUCUGUAAUGAGCAUAAAUAAAACAAAGCUGCGCUCAAGGCUCACGCACAAGCACUUGAAUCACAUCCUGAAGUUGGCUGCCACUCAGGAUGUGACGCCUGAUAUUGAUGCUCUGGUGAAAGCUAAAAGUUGCCAGGUAUCAGGAGUCAAAUAAACUAUGCAACCCCACUUAAAGUGCUGCAUGAGACACCCUGAUAUAGUUCUGUGAUCUGUGAUAUACUUCUGUGAAUCACUGAGGCAUUGUGUGUUUGUGUGUUGUUUGUCCUCAGAAUUUCAAAUAACUUGAGGUGUUUUAUGAUUAAUAGUGAUAUUGUGCUUUUGGACACACUGUCCUCAGGCUCCAGCUUUAUGUUUAUAUGUUUUUAUGUUGAUGUGCUAUUGUUUUUAAUUGAUUUUAUUUUAGUUGUAUAUUUAACCUAUUAUUGACUCUGUGGUUCUUGCACUUGUUUGGGGAACAGGAUUUCAUUAUUUGUAUCUACAUUUCUGCCUGAGAAAUGACACCCUGAUAUAGUUCUGUGAUCUGUGAAACAGUUCUGUGAAUCACUGAGGCAUUGUGUGUUUGUGUGUUCUUUUUCUUUAGAAUUUUCAAAUAAACUUGAGGUGUUUUAUGAUUAAUAGUGAUGUUGUGCUUGUACUAUUUUGGACACACUGUCCUCAGGCUCCAGCUUUAUGUUUUAUGUUGAUAGUAUUAAAACAAAGAAAACAAUCUGAAGUUGUUGUUUUUAAGUUAUAUAUACCAUGAUUUUACCGGUCCGGCCCACUUGGGAAUAGAUUUUCCUCCAUGUGGCCCCUGAGCUAAAAUGAGUUUGACACCCCUGCUCUAGACAUAUCCCCACUGUCACUCACUAAAGGAGGUACCUCCAUAACAGUGGCCUUACCUUCUUGAAGCAUUCAGGUCCCUGCUAGCCUCCCCCUGCCACAGCCAUCUCUCCACUCUGGGUCCCUGGAAGCUUUAAGGAGCUACCAUACGCCCUAUUAAAGUGCCCUAGACAGGGUUAGGGAGGGGGGAGCUGUGAGAGAUGAAUCACUCAGACAGAAGAGCAGGAAGGUGUGUGUGUGUGUGUGUGUGUGUGUGUGUGUGUGUGUGUGUGUGUGUGUGUGUGUGUGUGUGUGUGUGUGUGUGUGAAGGCUUCUGAAUAAAAGCACAUGGAUUAAAGGACAUCGCAAGUGUCUCUGCCUCAGAAAAUGAGAUUGCACAGGCCCUGCUAUUUAGUUUGAGACGUCUAACGCUCUGUGUGAUUAUGUGGCCCAGUAAGCAUCUUAAAGAAACAGACAGACUUCUGUGAUUUACUGUAGAUAUCCUGACUGCUGCCAUAUUGUGUCAUUCAGCUUCGGUGACCACUAUGAAUGGAACAAAGUCACCACCUGCGUGCACAACAUCCUAAGCGGGAGAAGGUGGAUCGAACACUACGGAGAGAUCACCAUUAGGAACACCAAAAGCAGUGCAUGUAUCUGCAAACUCACCUUCGUCAAGGUAAGACGUCGGUCAACUCAGCUGUGGGUAUGUCCAGUAAAAUGACUAUGAAGUCCAAAGACAAUUACAGUGCUGAGAAAGAACCAUCCCCUGAGAAAGCAUGUAUCACUUAACUUGGCUGCCUCUGCAAUUUGGAAAUGAUUGUCUAUUUUGAUUCCUUCGCAAGUGGAUGAUGAAUGCUUUUUAUCUUUAUGAUCAAAAUAUUACUGUUGUCUCAUUUUGCUUGUAGGGAAAUUACUGGAGUUCUAAUGUGAAUGAGGUUCAAGGGUUUGUGAUGGACCAAGAGGGGAAGGUAGUGCGUCGGCUGUUCGGCAAAUGGCACGAGGGCCUUUACUGUGGAGUCCCGCCCUCUGCCAGAUGCAUCUGGAGGCCAGGUAACUACCAGUGUUCAUUUUGGCAGCUAUUUUAGAUUUAAUCUUAGUUUUAGUCUUAAAAUACCUUUUAGGUCUUUGGUCACAUUUGAAUCAUUUCAUCCUUCGUUAGUUUUAGUUAUUAUCAGUCGACUAAAACUCUGGACUAUUUUAGUGUAGUUUUAGUCACAGACAUUUUAGUCACAUAAUAGUCAGUGCAUUUUAUUAAAUGAAUGAAUGAAUAUUUAGGAUAUCCCCUAACUUCCAUGAUGUGAACGUUCAGAAAGCCUUGGCCAGCUAGAACUACUGUCCCCUCAUAUACCUUAACGGACAACAGUAGUCACUUUACCUACAUGUACAAAUUACCUCGACUAACCUGUACCUCCGCACAUUGACUCGGUACCGGUACCCCCUGGAUAUAGCCUCAUUAUUGUUAUUUUAUUGUGUUACUUUUUUAUUCAAUGUUUUACUUUAGUUUAUUUAGUAAAUAUUUUCUCAACUCUAUUUUUUGAACUGCUUUGUUGGUUAAGGGCUCGUAAGUAAACAUUUCACGGUAAGGUCUACACCUGUUGUAUUCGGCGCAUGUGACAAAUAAAAUGUGAUUUUGAUUUGAUAUUGUGGCAGAUUGUAACCAAUGCCAGCCAUAUUGGCUGUAAAGUCUUGGUCUACAGGUUAAACAAUUUACAGCAGAUUUUUCUCCCCAUCAUAACAAUCAGGGGGGCAAAUAACAGUGGUUUCCUUAAUAAAGGGGAGAAUGUGCUUUCCAAAAAAAAAAGUAUUACUGUACUCCUUAUAUUCAACAAAUAGGAAAAAAGCAUCCGCAACUUGCAUUUGCGGACCACGGCGCGAGAGCAGCAACACUGAUAACUGACUAACAGCACACACUAUAUAUGUAUAGCAGACGCAGUAGCCAUCUGACAUAAAUAAAUGCGUGUCGGUGUCGUAGCAUGCCACCGGCAUAUCUCUAGCUGUGCCACUAGAGAUCCUGGUUCGAAUCCAGGCUCUGUCGUAGCCGGCCAUGACCGGGAGACCCAUGGGGCGGCGCACAAUUGGCCCAGCGUCGUCCGGGGUAGGAGAGGGAAUUGGGUUAAGCUUCUCUUCCUUUAUAUAGGCUAUACAUAUUUAUUAAAAUGGUAAUAUCCUACAGUGGACACCUAAGCAUAUAGGCCUAUACAUGUAAUGCUCAAAUCUCUGACAGCUGAACCGUGAGGUGGACAAUUAUUGUUUUAGGAAAGUAGCCUAAAAACUAAUUUAAAAAAAUAGGCUACAAGGUUUUGCCUAUGCUACACAUUGAAACCCAAGGAAUAGUGUUUUUGUAAUCUGUGAUAGGAUGUCAAUGUGGCUCAUUUGGCCAACAUUCCUCGUUUAUUGAUGGUACUGGCUGCGCCAAUUCGGAUCUGAAUGCAUAUGGAUGUCCGGUAAAUUUCUCAAAUGUCCGGUAAAUUUAAAAUCUUCCCUGUCAAUCUUCCCUGUCAUGUUGUCUCUGAAAUGGCAUUUUGUUUUGCAAGUGCUCUAGUCCAGUGUCACGUUGAUUAUCCCUACACAUCAUGGUUCACCAGCAGCCCCCAAACAUCUGAAGAAUAAAGAUACCAGCCAAAGAAGCUUGUAUGAAUUGUACUUAAACUCCCCCCUCAGACUCAUCUGGAGGUUGAGCAUCUCUGUACUGUGUCUUUAUCUCUGUCAUUGUUUAUGUAUUUAUCAAAAAAAUAAAAAUAAGGACCACAAUGCAAAUAAGUCCCCGACCUUAUUGUGCAAUCCUGGUCACCUUUAAAAAUCUUUGUGUGUAUAUAUGUAUUUUUUUUUCACUGACAAAUAAAAUCAAUCAAUCCAAAUUGUGCAGCGGACAUUUGGUGAAUGGAAGGAGACAUCUAUUGCAAAACAACAAAAAGUGUAAUGACAUUCAGAGAUUGUCAAGCCGAGCCUUCGAUACUGGGUAGGCCUACAUGGUAGAGAGGGAUGCAUGUUCUGAUUGUCAUAGUCUGUUUAUUGUGGUGUUGUAAACACAAACCAUGAUAUUAAAGCGCCCAAAGUCGGUAUUGAUUAUUGGUUGUGUGGUCCAUUGGCACAGAAACCUGUUGGUGGAAAAUUUGUUGCAUAUAUUUUAUAUAAUUAUAAUUCAAAAUGUUGAAAAUCUGAUUUCCUCCUAGCUGAUCAUUGUCUGCAGCCGACUCUGAUCAUUUGUGUAAUGAACCAGGCAGGGAGAGUGAGCUCGUCUGUGGUGGUCAGCGAACCCCCAACCUUCUGGCCCGUAGCCCUGCGUGGCGUCGACUGUGUCACAAAAGCAUGCCGAAGUGACAAAGUCGAUACCCGCAUUAAUAAACACAGGGUCGCUACAGUUAUUGUUAUUUGGGGUCUUAAACAUUAUUUGGAGUUAAUUCUAAGAGGGGGAAGGGUGUUCCAUUUAUUUGACUGGCUGAGGGAAGGGUCAUGUGAAAAAAAAAUUACGUUGGGGAGGGGGGUGCAUUUUUGGUUUAUGACACCCUGUGUUGGACCAGCCCCCCCCCCCCCCCAGUACAUUUCGAUCUGUCCCUAAUCAAAGCAAAAAUAGCCUACAUGAAAGUAAGAGAGUAAACAUUAUUGUUUCUAGUUGAGGUUCGUUACAAGUGAAGUGUCCUGGCUUCACAUCAGUUCAAAAGAUGAAAGGAUUGCGUGAAAUAUUUUUGCAUUAUGAUUGGACAGAACAGGUGAAAAGGAGCUUAACGUUAAAUGAAAUGUCCAUUAGUCUCACGUGGAAUUCUCGUCACAUUUUCGUUGACUAAAAUGAAAAGUCAUUUGUAAUAGUUAUGGUUUGUUUCCAGGGCGUCUCGUUAUCGUCAUAGUUUUAGUCAGGGAAAAUAGGUAGUUGACAAGUAUUUUUCGUCAUAGUUACUGUUGACGAAAGUAACUACGUCAGUCAUACUGUUGCUAUGCAGAACGCUUUGAAUAUUUUUAAUUGGAUAUCCGCUUUCGUUAAGCAGAUAACAGCAUUAGAUUAGACGAUAAAAUACUAGUUUAUAAAGAUUAUAAUACGGGAACAAAGAAAGUGUUGACACCGGUGUCAAUAAUCCACACAAUGGGGGAAAAAAAUGACUUUGAACUGAUUCUUGAUCCGUGUGAUGUCAUGUGUCCCUUCCUCAGGCUCCAUGCCCACAGACUACGAGCUGUAUUAUGGCUUUACCAGGUUUGCCAUUGAGCUCAAUGAGCUUUGCCCUGAGAUGCAAGACCUGCUACCGCCCACAGAUGCCCGCUUCAGACCCGAUCAAAGGUAGAGACAGACAGCCGUUGCGCCAUCACACUUUCAGCUACUGUGCCCAGACGGUAAUGCACUGUCUGCUUCUACUGCCACAAGUAGCAUUAUCAGACAGAUCUGACUGGAUGAACCACUGAACUAGCACCUAGGUUGACCUUUAUUGUCACGAAUCUUGCCCUGGAGGCAGAACUGAGCGAUUUCUGCUAGACGAACCAGCUGCCAAGUCAAAAUUGACUAUAUCGUAAAAAUUCAUGAAAACAUAAAUGUGUUUUUUUUUUGUUCUUAAUUUAAAGUUAGGGUUAGACAUUAGGGUUAGCAGUGUGGUUAAUGUUAGGUUUAAAAUCAGAUUUUAUGACUGUGGCCAUGCCAACUAGUGACCACUCUGCAGAGUUGCCUCCAGGGCAAGAUUCAUGACAAUAAAUGCCAACCAGCACAAUGCAGCUGUUGUUGUAGUCUAAUAUAGACUUAUAGAUUGGUUGAUUAGUGAAGCUCUAAAAAGGGCUAAAAGCUCGUUUUGGCACAUCUGAAAUAAGAUGACGAGAUAUUAUUUGUAUGGGUAAAUAUGUUUACAAGCUUUAUGUGCAUUUCCCUGCUGAGUGACAUUUGACAGUAUAUUUGACUCCUAGUGAUGUUUCUCCACAUUAGACACCUGGAGGAAGGGAGCGGUAUUUGACUCCUAGUGAUGUUUCUCUACAUUAGACACCUGGAGGAAGGGAGCGGUAUUUGACUCCUAGUGAUGUUUCUCCACAUUAGACACCUGGAGGAAGGGAGCGGUAUUUGACUCCUAGUGAUGUUUCUCCACAUUAGACACCUGGAGGAAGGAAGCGGUAUUUGACUCCUAGUGAUGUUUCUCCACAUUAGACACCUGGAGGAAGGGAGCGGUAUUUGACUCCUAGUGAUGUUUCUCCACAUUAGACACCUGGAGGAAGGGAGCGGUAUUUGACUCCUAGUGAUGUUUCUCUACAUUAGACACCUGGAGGAAGGAAGCGGUAUUUGAGUCAUAGUGAUGUUGUUUCUCUACAUUAGACACCUGGAGGAAGGGAGCGGUAUUUGACUCCUAGUGAUGUUGUUUCUCUACAUUAGACACCUGGAGGAAGGGAGCGGUAUUUGAGUCAUAGUGAUGUUUCUCUACAUUAGACACCUGGAGGAAGGGAGCGGUAUUUGACUCCUAGUGAUGUUGUUUCUCUACAUUAGACACCUGGAGGAAGGGAGCGGUAUUUGAGUCAUAGUGAUGUUGUUUCUCCACAUUAGACACCUGGAGGAAGGGAGCGGUAUUUGACUCCUAGUGAUGUUUCUCUACAUUAGACACCUGGAGGAAGGGAGCGGUAUUUGAGUCAUAGUGAUGUUGUUUCUCCACAUUAGACACCUGGAGGAAGGAAGCGGUAUUUGACUCCUAGUGAUGUUUCUCCACAUUAGACACCUGGAGGAAGGAAGCGGUAUUUGAGUCAUAGUGAUGUUGUUUCUCCACAUUAGACACCUGGAGGAAGGGAACGGUAUUUGAGUCAUAGUGAUGUUGUUUCUCUACAUUAGACACCUGGAGGAAGGAAGCGGUAUUUGACUCAUAGUGAUGUUGUUUCUCUUCAUUAGACACCUGGAGGAAGGGAGCGGUAUUUGAGUCAUAGUGAUGUUGUUUCUCUACAUUAGACACCUGGAGGAAGGGAACGGUAUUUGACUCAUAGUGAUGUUUCUCUUCAUUAGACACCUGGAGGAAGGGAGCGGUAUUUGACUCAUAGUGAUGUUUCUCCACAUUAGACACCUGGAGGAAGGAAGGCGGUAAUUUGAGUCAUAGUGAUGUUGUUUCUCUACAUUAGACACCUGGAGGAAGGGAACGGUAUUUGACUCAUAGUGAUGUUGUUUCUCUUCAUUAGACACCUGGAGGAAGGGAGCGGUAUUUGACUCAUAGUGAUGUUUCUCUUCAUUAGUCACCUGGAGGAAGGGAGCGGUAUUUGAGUCAUAGUGAUGUUUCUCUUCAUUAGACACCUGGAGGAAGGGAGCGGUAUUUGACUCAUAGUGAUGUUGUUUCUCUACAUUAGACACCUGGAGGAAGGAAGCGGUAUUUGACUCAUAGUGAUGUUGUUUCUCCACAUUAGACACCUGGAGGAAGGAAGCGGUAUUUGACUCAUAGUGAUGUUGUUUCUCUACAUUAGACACCUGGAGGAAGGGAGCGGUAUUUGACUCAUAGUGAUGUUGUUUCUCUACAUUAGACAACCUGGAGGAAGGGAGCGGUAUUUGACUCCUAGUGGAUGUUUCUCUACAUUAGACAACCUGGAGGAAGGGAGCGGUAUUUGACUCAUAGUGAUGUUUCUCUACAUUAGACAACCUGGAGGAAGGGAGCGGUAUUUGACUCAUAGUGAUGUUGUUUCUCUACAUUAGACACCUGGAGGAAGGGAGCGGUAUUUGACUCCUAGUGAUGUUUCUCUACAUUAGACACCUGGAGGAAGGGAGCGGUAUUUGAGUCAUAGUGAUGUUGUUUCUCUACAUUAGACACCUGGAGGAAGGGAGCGGUAUUUGACUCAUAGUGAUGUUGUUUCUCUACAUUAGACACCUGGAGGAGGGGAGCGGUAUUUGAGUCAUAGUGAUGUUUCUCCACAUUAGACACCUGGAGGAAGGGAGCGGUAUUUGACUCCUAGUGAUGUUUGUUUUCCACAUUAGACACCUGGGAAGGGAGCGGUAUUUUACUCGUGAUGUUUCUCUACAUGACCCUGGAGGAAGGGACGGUAUUUGGUCAGUGAUGGUUUCUCCACUUAACACCUGGGGGAGGGGGGUAUUGCUCCAGUGUUGUUUCCUACAUGACCCUGGAGGAGGGGCGGAUUUGGCAUAGUGAUGUUUUCACAUAGACACCUGGAGGAAGGGGCGGUAUGUGCUCUAGUGAGUGUUUUUCCACAUUAGACACCUGAGGAAGGAGCGGUAUUUGAGUCAAGUGGGUUUCUCCCAUAGACCUGGAGGGAAAGGGGGGCGGUAUUUGGCAAGUGAGUUCUCCCAUUUGAACCUGGAGGAGGGAGGUAUUGGGGUCAGUGAUGUUUCCCACUUGACCUGGAGGAAGGGGAGCGGUAUUUGUGUCAUAUGAGUUCGCCACUAACCCUGGGAAGGGAGCGGUAUUGGUCAUAGGAUGUUUCCACAUUAGACACUGGAGGAAGGGAGGGGGGUAUUUGAGUCAUGUGAGUUUCUCCACAUAGACCCUGGAGGAGGAGCGGGGAGUUGGGCUCCGGAUGUUGUUUCUCCAUUAGACACCGGAGGAGGAGGUAUUGACUCCAGUGAGGUGUUUCUCCCAUUAGACACUGGAGGAAGGAAGCGGUUUUGAGUCAUAGUGAUGUUUUUCUCUACUUAGACACCUGGAGGAAGGGGCGGUAUUGGGGUCAUAGGAGGGUUUUUUCUCACUUUGACCCUGGAGAGGGAGCGGUUUGAGUCAUAGUGGGGUUGUUUCCACUAGCCCUGGGGGAGGGAGCGGUAUUUGAGUCAUAGUGAGUGUUUUCCACAUUAGACACCUGGAGGAAGGGAGCGGUAUUUGACUCCUAGUGAGUUGUUUCUCCACUUAGACACCCGGAGGAAGGGAGCGGUAUUUGACUCCUAGUGAUGUUUCUCCACAUUAGACACCCGGAGGAAGGGAGCGGUAUUUGGUCUAGGAUGUGUUCUCUAAAAUUGACACCUGGAGGAAGGAACGGUUUUUUGAGUCAUAGUGAUGUUGUUUCUCUACAUUAGACACCUGGAGGGAAAGGGGGCGGUAUUUGAGUCAUAGUGAUUUGUUUCUCCACAUUUGACACCUGGAGGAAGGGAGCGGUAUUUGAGUCAUAGUGAGUUUCUCCACAUAGACACCUGGAGGAAGGGAGCGUAUUUGAGUCAUAGUGAUGUUUCUCCACAUUAGACACCUGGAGGAAGGGAGCGGUAUUUGUGUCAUAGUGAUGUUUCUCCUACAUUAGACACCUGGAGGAAGGGAGCGGUAUUUGAGUCAUAGUGAUGUUUUCUCUACAUUAGACACUAGGAAGGGAGCGGUAUUGAGUCAUAGGAUGUUCUCACAUUAGACACCUGGAGGAAGGGAGCGGUAUUUGAGUCAUAGUGAUGUUUCUCUUCAUUAGACACCUGGAGGAAGGGAGCGGUAUUUGAGUCAUAGUGAUGUUUCUCCACAUUAGACACCUGGAGGAAGGAAGCGGUAUUUGAGUCAUAGUGAUGUUGUUUCUCUACAUUAGACACCUGGAGGAAGGGAGCGGUAUUUGAGUCAUAGUGAUGUUGUUUCUCUACAUUAGACACCUGGAGGAAGGGAGCGGUAUUUGAGUCAUAGUGAUGUUGUUUCUCUACAUUAGACACCUGGAGGAAGGGAGCGGUAUUUGAGUCAUAGUGAUGUUGUUUCUCUACAUUAGACACCUGGAGGAAGGGAGCGGUAUUUGAGUCAUAGUGAUGUUUCUCCACAUUAGACACCUGGAGGAAGGGAGCGGUAUUUGACUCCUAGUGAUGUUGUUUCUCCACAUUAGACACCUGGAGGAAGGGAGCGGUAUUUGACUCCUAGUGAUGUUUCUCCACAUUAGACACCUGGAGGAAGGAAGCGGUAUUUGAGUCAUAGUGAUGUUGUUUCUCUACAUUAGACACCUGGAGGAAGGGAGCGGUAUUUGAGUCAUAGUGAUGUUGUUUCUCUACAUUAGACACCUGGAGGAAGGGAGCGGUAUUUGAGUCAUAGUGAUGUUUCUCCACAUUAGACACCUGGAGGAAGGAAGCGGUAUUUGAGUCAUAGUGAUGUUGUUUCUCUACAUUAGACACCUGGAGGAAGGGAGCGGUAUUUGAGUCAUAGUGAUGUUGUUUCUCUACAUUAGACACCUGGAGGAAGGGAGCGGUAUUUGAGUCAUAGUGAUGUUUCUCUACAUUAGACACCUGGAGGAAGGGAGCGGUAUUUGAGUCAUAGUGAUGUUGUUUCUCUACAUUAGACACCUGGAGGAAGGGAGCGGUAUUUGACUCCUAGUGAUGUUGUUUCUCUACAUUAGACACCUGGAGGAAGGAAGCGGUAUUUGAGUCAUAGUGAUGUUUCUCCACAUUAGACACCUGGAGGAAGGGAGCGGUAUUUGAGUCAUAGUGUUGUUUCUCCACAUUAGACACCUGGAGGAAGGAAGCGGUAUUUGAGUCAUAGUGAUGUUGUUUCUCUACAUUAGACACCUGGAGGAGGGGAACGUGGAAAUGGCGGCCUCAGAGAAGCAGCGUAUCGAGGACCUGCAGCGCACCAGGAGGAAGUGGCAAGAGGAGAACGGCAUCAAGCACGAGCCACGCUUCUUCAAGUGAGGAAUGAGGGUCAUUUACCAGGACAUACUGUAUUCCCCAGGCCAGCUUAGUGGGGGAAACAGGGGGUAGGUUGGGAAGGUCUCCCUUAGGCCAGCUUAGUGGGGCAAAUGGGGUAGGUUGGGAAGGUCUCCCCAAGAUGGAUAGAAAUACCUCUGACUUUUCAUCUGUUACUUGUGUGGCUGAGUUGUGUCACUAAUGAUUAUCCAUUCCAUUCAUGACAUUUAACUCCCUACCAUUGAUUGCCCGUCUCUUUUGUCCCAGGAAAGUGGUUGAUGCCAAUCAAAGGGAGCGCUGGGUAACUAACAACACCUACUGGGAGCUUCGCAAAUCCCCCGGCUUCAUCAACAUGGAAAACCCUAACCUA